AAGCCCGAGGAAACGUAAAUAUUAUGAGCGGCUAGACAAAACAGAGCGCUGCCAUUUCUCGUCCUAACCAUGCCUAGCCUACCCGCCAUCGCCCCGUUUCUUGGAGACACAAGUCGUCUCAUUUCUUACCGAAAUUUUAGCGAGGCUUCAGCUGUUGGAUUUCUGUCGGCAAUUUUGUUCGUUGUAUUUUCUGAGCCGUUGAAGACCUACGUUGAUUUUGGAGAAAAAUGGAUGAGUUUGUCUGGGUUACCUUAUCAGAUGAAUACGGCGAUGCUGGGGUUUAUUGUGGGAUUUGGAUUUGUGAAAAUAUUUCUUUUGAUGAGGAUUCAAUUAUUCAAAAUGCUUCUGAAUUAUCAAGGCUGGAUGACCAACCCCAAAAGCAUGGCUACCAAGAUGUGGGCCUUAAUGCUAAACGCUCUGAGAGGAAAUGGUCGGUACCCAACAUUUUUCUUCCAACCAAUGUUGCCUAAACUGCCAGUUCCUAAUUUAAAUGUCACACUGGACAGGUACCUUUCAUCAAUGAAGCCCAUUCUCUCUGACGAAGACUAUAUGAGCCUCCUUACAGCUGUGUUAGAAUUUAAAGAAAAGGACGGACCAGUUUUACAUAAAUUUUUAUGUAAUAGGGCUGCAACAGAAAACAACUGGCUGAUAGACUACUGGCUGAAGUAUGCCUAUCUGACUAACAGGGAACCUUGUGCAGUGAAAGUCAACUGUUAUGCGACUGAUCGAAAAGACCAACCAACUAACAACCAGUUAGCGCGAGCAGCGAACAUGAUUCACUAUGUCCUGAGAUUCCAUGAACAACUCCAAGAUGAAACUCUUACCCCUCAGUAUCUUCAGGAUAUGAUUCCAAUGUGUAUGGAGGGUUACAGGCGUCUGUUCUCAACAACUCGGAUACCAUAUGAAACAUUAGAUCAACUUGUUACAUAUGAAGAAUCCAAGCAUAUCAUUGUAUACAGGAAUGGCGUGUAUUACAAGGUGGAUGUGUUUGCACCAGACAGUGAUGGCAAGAAGAAGCUGUUGACGGUGGCUGAGCUACACGACGUACUGCGACAAAUCUUCCAGUGGACAGACGACAUUGAUGAGGUUUCCCGUAUUGCUGUGUUUACGUCUGAGAGAAGAGACACCUGGGCUAAAGUGAGACAGAGGCUAAUGACGACCAGUAACCGACCCAGUCUGGAGGCCGUGGAGUCCGCCAUCUUCUUUGUCUCCCUUGACGAUGUUGCUCCCAAGAGCAUUGAGGAGAAUGGCUCCUUUACAAUGACAGGCAAUGGAUAUAAUAGGUGGUUCGACAAAUCCAUCCAGUUCAGUGUGUUCAGUAACGGCAAAGUUGGAACAAAUGUGGAGCAUAGCAGCAUGGAUGCCACCUUGCCAGGGCGACUGUGGGAGUACUUCCUGCAGAGUGAGAAGUAUGCAGAAAAUGGAGGCAUUAUCCCCGAGAAAUCCAAGCGAACACUCUCAAAACCAGAAAGAUUGGAGUGGGAUCUUAAGGACUUUGAAGAAGACUUGGACAAAGCUCUCGACCAUUUUAGAGGACUGGCAGGAAGUUUUGAAUUGAUAGUGACCUCCCCUGAUUAUGGCAAAGGUUUUAUCAAGAAGAAAAGGAUGAGUCCUGAUGGGUACAUACAGAUGGCCCUGCAAUUGGCAUACUACAAAAUUCACAACAAAAUUGCCAAGACCUAUGAGUCAGCAUCUACAAGGAUGUUCUGUGCUGGGAGGACUGAGACCAUUCGACCAGUCUCAGAGUUCUCUGCUCAGUGGGUGAAGAGCAUGUUCCACGAGCGCGUUACCCGAGAACAACGCAUCAUGCUGCUGAAGCGAGCAGUCCAGUAUCAGACCCAGGUCAAGGUCGAUGCCAGCCUGGGCAUGGGCUGGGACAGACACCUGUUUGGAAUGUUCGUGGCCGCACGGGAAAUGAACAGGCCGACACCAGCUCUGUUUCAAGAUAAGAGCUUUUGGAUGCACGAUACCCUGAGCACAUCACAGACCCCAACUCGGUACAACGAUGGCUGGACACUAGAGAACUGUUGUAUGGGGGGUGGGUUUCAGGCUGCUUUUCCCGAGGGCUAUGGAGUCUCCUAUAUGAUCUAUGGAGAGGAUCACAUAAAAUUCCAUGUCACAUCUUUCCGAACCAAUGAUUCGACUUCUUCUGCCAAAAUGGCAGAUGCCAUUGUUGAAUCUAUGACUGAGAUGAAAGAGCUCCUAUCAUAAUCCAUCCUUGCUACAGGACCAGGCACAGGAAUUUCACGCUUGAAUGACCACGGUGCAGUGAUCAAUGCAAUUUAGAAAUGUGUCAUGAACUGUACUAUUACUGAUGUUGGUUUUGUGAUAUUAGCGGUUCCGUUGUGGUGACUGUUACAUGGUAUUUAUAUUUGUGUUUUGUUGUUUUGUUCACUUUUACUUCUUGCUCUCUGCACUGUCAGUUGUUCAUUUUUAAGUGUCUGCAUACACUGAUAAUCCAGUGUCACUUUUCAUUGAUGAGAGAUUUGACUGUCCAUUAUCACACCUGAUCAUGUUCAGGGGCUUUUUAUUAAAGUCUGCAGAUACUUAGUUUAUGUGACUUUUAUUUCAUCAUUAUAUGAACUGUAUUCACUACAUUUUAUAAGGAAAAGAAUGUCAAAAUCUAGUUUUUUAAGCCAUGAUAACUUAUUUUUAUAUUUUAAAAGUUUUAUUUAUCAUCAUUGUUUUUAUGUCUUAAUACCAUAUGUUUUAUGUGUAUUUUAUCUGUAUAUUUUAAAUGUUUAAUUGGUCAAGAGUUUAUCAACCCUCGUUUUAACUAUACUUUAAUAUUGUUUUUAAUAUAUAGUGUUACUUUUUAUGGUUUUGUGUUUCAAACCCAGUUUAGUGAGCGCUUGAUUUGAAAAAAAUUUCAUUAAACUUAUAUGUUGUAAUAGCCAAUAUAGUGCAUGCUUAGUAGGACUUUGGUGGGUCUUCAUAUUAAUUGCAAGUUAUUUGUAACUUUUUACAAAUUCAGAUUUCUUCAAAAUUUAUAACAAAAAACCCAAGUGAAUUGUGGAGUCUUUUUUUAAGAUGUGAUUUGCAAUUACUGUAUGUUAAAAUUCUGCCAAACAGAUUUCUUUUGUGCCAUGGUCUCUUUAAACAUAUUCAGUAAUUGACAAUCACAGGCAGAAAAGUCCUUUUUUUCAUGAUCAGGUGAUUGGUGUCAUGCAUUAGCAAAGGGACUCAAGUACAUAGAGAAUGUGGAGGUUGUUUCUGAGCUCGUCUUUGAGAAUGUGUGUGCAUGGGUGGUAGUUCUCCGUGCUCACUCUAAGCUUUGUAGUCGGCUUUCUGUGAGAUUUAUAUAUUACCCCCUAUACUGUAGAUUACUUGUAACACACAGAGUGAUCUCCCCUGUAUUAUGGUACAAGGCAUAAUUACGACCGGUGUAUAACUUGUCUCAGCUCAUCUAUAACAUUGCUCUUUGUUCAGAUCAUUUUCAUGUAUCUGCAUAUCUCCAAGUUGUUUUUUCUUCUUUUUAUUUUGCAAUAGUAUGUUCUUGAUACAAAAUUCAGUUACUUGUAUGUAUUGCUGAAUUAAAUAAAAAUAGGAAUGCUU